GCGGCGCUAGGCGCACGCUUGCGUUGCAUCCAAAGCCUCACCGAUCGAAAGCCACCUGGGAUCUCAGGGUUUGCUGCAGACGGAGACGGCACCUGCUUUAGGAUUUCGAACUGGGAGUUGAGAGAGGCGCUGUUUCUCUCCGAAGGAUGUGAAAGCUCAGCUGGGAAGCACCAGCGCCAGCCCUGAGGCGGGAUCCAGGAGUCUCCUCGUUGGAUGCAACCAAGAUUACGAGGUCUGGAGUGGGAAGGGGAUGGUGUGGGCACGACGAGGGGCACGCGCGCCCUGGCACGGGGGAGAUGAUGCGAGAAAGAUGGGCCACCCGCGACAGCAGCCCGAUCCGCUCCCUGCCCUGCUCGCCGAUUCUGACGUGCACGACGCUCUUUCUGAGACUGAUACCUGAAUAGCUGGAUGUUUCCCAGGAUCCAGAAAUGAUUUUGGUGGAAAAGCAGGCGAGCGGGCUGCGAUUGCGGCAGCCGUCAUCUACCUGUGCGCUUUGUUUGGCGAAGAAGGUUGGAUCCGUGCGCGAAGGCUGCUAGAUAAAAUAAAUAAAUAACUAAAUAAAGGAAAACAAGACCUCUGGCCAUGGGGUACAACGCAAGCUGGGUGACUUCGGUCAAUGAAAGUGGCCAGGAUCCCAUCUAUCCGGCUGUCGCCACGGCUUGGAACGCAUCCGGUGCACAAACUGUAGGGAUCAACCGAAGCGCCCCUGCGAUCAGGACUCCCGAAGAUGAGGAAUACGGGGAAGAGCAGACGUACCUGUACUUUACUAUCGUCGUUCAAGUUGUCAUCUUUAUAGGCUCUCUCUUAGGUAAUGUCGUGGUCUUGUGGUCGACAUGCAAGACAUCAGUUUUUAAAUCGGUAACUAACCGGUUUAUUAAGAACUUGGCCUGCUCCGGGAUCUGUGCCAGCCUAGUCUGUGUGCCUUUUGACAUUGUCCUCAGUGCCAGCCCGCACUGCUGCUGGUGGAUCUAUACUAUGGUCUUCUGUAAGAUCAUCAAAUUCUUGCACAAAGUCUUCUGUUCAGUGACCAUCCUCAGCUUUCCUGCCAUUGCUCUGGAUAGGUACUAUUCAGUUUUGUACCCACUGGAACGAAAGAUAUCAGAUGCCAAAUCCCGAGAUCUGGUCAUCUACAUCUGGGCCCACGCAGUUGUGGCCAGCAUUCCCGUAUUUGCUGUGACUAGUGUGUCCGAUAUUUAUGCUAUGUCCACUUGUACUGAACCUUGGAGCUAUUCCAUUGGUCAUUUAGCAUAUGUUAUUAUUUACAACAUUACCACUGUGAUUUUGCCAGUGGCUGUGGUGUUUCUCUUCAUGAUCCUCAUCCGGAGAGCGCUGAGUGCCAGCCAAAAGAAAAAAGUCAUCAUAGCUGCCUUAAGAACACCUCAAAAUACAAUUUCUAUUCCUUAUGCCUCCCAGAGAGAAUCUGAACUUCAUGCCAUGCUGCUUUCCAUGGUUAUGAUUUUUAUUUUCUGCAGUAUGCCCUAUAUGACCGUAGUGAUUUACCGCACCAUACGUGAUGCUUCUGACACUUCUGUGUACUUGCUUCUCACUGCCAUCUGGUUGCCCAAGAUAUCACUGCUAACCAACCCACUGCUCUUCCUGACUGUUAACAAAUCUGUGAGGAAAUGUUUGGUAGGGACAAUGGUGCAGUUGCACCGAAGGUAUAGUAGGAGGAAUGUUGUCAGCUCUGGAGGUGCUGUGGACGUCAACCUAGAGCCUCAUGUCCGUUCAGGUAGCCAGCUCCUAGAGAUGUUUCACAUUGGACAACAGCAAAUUUUCAAGCCUGCAGAGGAUGAAGAGGAGAAUGAGACUAAAUCCAUUGGCUCCAGCAACUACCAACAGAAAGAAAUGCCUACCACUAGCUUAGAGGUAGAACAGACUUUAGUCCAGAGGACUGUGCCUCAUGCAGUUGCAGACUCUUCUGCGCAGGUGGCUCCCGCAAUGCCAACAGAGGCGGAACUGGCUAAUGAGAAGUAUUCCAUGCAACUUGGCUUUGGGCCCUUUGAGCUGCCUCCACAGUGGCUGUCAGAAAAUCGGAACAGCAAGAAACGCCUUCUGCCCCCUCUGGGAAAUACCCCAGAGGAGCUAAUCCAGACCAAGCAGCCCAAGUGUAGAGCAGAAAGAAAAGUGAACAGGAACAAUAAAAUCAGCAUCUUCCCCAAGGUGGACUCCUAGUAAAAUGAAGACUUUGUGGGAUGAGACAGGACUGUCUUUGUGCAUAUAUGUGAUCCUAUGGAUCUUUCUUUGGAUGACAUUUAUUAGAGGCGUAUUUUGGUGCCAAUUUAUGUAGAAACAAACAAACAAACAAAAACAAAAGUGUUCCUUAAGAGUGGGGUUUUGAAACAGACACCUAACCUUUAAUCCAUUUCACCAAAUUCAUUUUUGGCCCCUACCUAGAGGACCCAAAAUGGUAUCUCUGGGCUCUUCCUAGCCCAAAAACUACUUCCACCCUUCUGAAAUAUCCCACUGCAAUCUCGAAGACAAGCCGAGGGCAGCACAUCUGUGCACUUUUUGAUUACAGAGAAGCAUUAAUUGUUGCUGCUGUACACUUACGGGACUUGGAGAAAGAAAUUCAAUCAGCCCCAUUCCCCAAACCCUGUAACACCUUUUGCUCUUACAGAGAAAGCACUGAGCAUCUUUUAGGACAGGAAGUGGACAACGUCCAAAGGUUCAGAAACCACACAUGAGUUCCUCUGGACCUUGCAAGACUGCCCUCUGGCCUCCACACACAAUUAUUUUAAAAAAUAAUAAUAGCAACACUGUCUUUUGUACCUUCAAAGAGUCAUGGGGAUAAUUUCACUACAUUUUUGAACCUUUUGCCUUUUCUAGGCCUGGGAUGAGGUGGGCCUUUUUUUUUCUUUUCAAAAUGGGAAAUGACCUAAAAUUACUUUCAAUGUCAUUUCCUGUUUUGAAGAAACACACACCGGGAUUUAUAAGGCUGGGAAGGGGACAAACAUACUGCCAAAUUGGCUGACUGGAAGAACUGAGAAUGCAAAUCUGCAAGCCAUGCUUUCCCCUCCUUUGGGUUAGGAGCACUACAUGUAAUCUAGCUUGGGGUAUCUCCUAGCAGCCAAAUUUAAAUCGUGGGCUCUUCAGGUCUGCUUCAGAGUGUAGUAAGGUUUUCCCCACUUCCUUCUUGCAGUAUGUUGAUGUCAAAAGCAUCUGAUGGGCCCUCUUAUUGUUGAGAUGAGUGUGAACUAAACAGGUACAUGAUUUGCACAGUAUUUUUACCUGGUGCUGACAUUUUUCUAGACUAAGUGCAGCAGCAAAAAUGCUCAGCAGAGCAGCAGCAACAUGGCAUUACAGAAGUGAAGAUAUUAAUAAUUUUUUUAAAUAAUACCACAUGAAAAUGGACAUAGCAAAUUUUAAUUCUACCCACCCCAGAAAAACAUGAAUAUAUGACAGCUGAUUUAAAACUAAUGAUCACUGUGUCAAAACGUUUCCUGUGAUUCUUUGUAUGGAAUAUUUCCUGUGCCUUUGCAAUGUAGCAUGACCACUUCCAUGUAAAACGGCACUGAGGCAGCAGUAACUAUUUUGUCUGGUAUACAGUGAAUUAAAAACAAGUGCCACUGACUGAGGAUAGGUUCUUGACUGUAAAAUAUUUUCACAUUCUCCGUGAUCCAAAUAUAGAAAAUACUUCAUCAUAAGGACUUUUUAAUUCAUUGCAAGAAAAACAAAGAAUUCCAAAUGUCAAUUAUUUGAACUUUUAUCUUUAAUUCUUCAUAUUUUGAUCUGCAUAGUUUGAGUUUAGUAUAACUUGGUUUGUUUAUAGGAAAAGGAAAGGUUUUAAAAUGCAGAAUUUCCCUAAGAAGUAUUACCUAUUGAUGUCUAAGGGAUACAUAUUUGUACUGCCCAUUGAAUGAACAAAUGGAAGGUGAACUUGUGAUCUGAUUUUUCUUUUUAAUCAAGCUGCCACAGAGAUUAUGCUAACACAAUAUGGAAGUAUAGAAGAAAAACACUGGACUAUCAUCUCCUAUCUUGAAUAUAAAUAUUUUAUAAUACUUUAGGAAAAAAAGUUAACUGAAAAAAGCCUUACAAAAUCCUUUUUCUUUUUUAAAAGGCCAACAUAUUUACAAAGAAAACGAAGAAAAGAUGUUAUUUCAUUCGUCCUGUCCCCCCCGCAAAAAUGCAUAGUUAGACAGUGUUGUGAUAUUGAGCAAAAAGCAUUGUUAGGACAUUAAAUAGUUGCUGCAGGUUUUUCGGGCUGUUUGGCUGUGUUCUGGAGGAAGAAAAACCUCCAGAACAUGGCCAAACAGCCCAAAAAACCUACAACAACCAUUGGAUCCCAGCCGUGAAUGCCUUCAAGAAUACAUAGGACAUUAAAUAGUUUGUCAGGGAUGUUUGACAUUAUAGUACAAUAUCUACAGGUUCCUCUCACCAACUACCCCAGUCCACAGCUUGUACAAGUGUACCAUAGUAUAAAUAGCAUACGUCUAUAUAAAACAUGCACACCAUUCCUGGCUGUUUCAUGUACUGCUCAACUUUCAUGGCAUAACACACUUCAGAAGCCAAAGCUAGUUGUAAUGAAGAAUAUGUUAAGUGGCCUCAGACACUUUGCUGUAACUUACCUUCUACUUACUUGUAUAGGGUGAAUGUGGCUUAUUAAAGAUUGCACAGUAAGGGUUUAUCCAUACAUAGCAUUUGUGACUCCUGUGUCCCUCUUGGGGCUCUCUGCAGGCCAAAUAAAAUAUGUGGAAUGUCAAAACCUGUGUCCAACUUCUCUUUUCUUGGAAAAAGUGGCAUCCCUUUCAAAAAUCUUGAAGGAAUCUUUUUAGAAAUAUUCUUAUAGGAUGGAUUUUUGUUUGUUUUGAAUGGUGGUUUAAUGUUAAUUUACACAUCUCCCUGACUUACCCCCUUUACCUGAGCAUUUUCCUUUUUAUGCCCUUGUCCUCAAUUUGCACCCACCUCCAUCACUACUCUGUUGCUGCUGCUAUCAUGACCUUUAUAUGUUUGUUUCUGCUUCUCCCAUCUUCUUUUUUUUCUGCCUGGUGCAUGACAUUGGGAAAAGGUGCAGGAAAGGAAAAAGAAGCAAUAGGUGAGACAAAGGGGAAGCUUGGGGAGGCAGGGCAGAGCAAAGGCAUAACGUCAGAGAUUACAAGAGGAGACCGCACUAGCAAAGAGAUGGCAACAAAUAAGUGAGAAUGAAAGCUGAGGAGCGGGGGACCAUAAGACAGCAUAAGAGGCCAAAUCCUGACCAUUUAAUUGAAAAAAAUAUUCCAUAAGCCCUAAACGGCUUGGGCCCUGGAUACCUAAA